AUGUCAGAGGAUAAUCUAGCAAGUGCUGAAUGUGGCACGCCAGCCUACCGUACACCCAGCUAUAUUAGAGUCAGCUGUGCACUCAGCGGCUACACCAAGUGCGUGACCUCUUUUGCACGUUUAACUUCUCAAAAUGACUGCUUUUUCUCUAACAUUUUCGCAAUUUUCAGAUCGCCAAGGCUCUUGGAAAGUAGUGCAGCACGCGCGAUGGGGCGCAGCCUUGUUGAACGUCGUCUCGGAUUGUUUGACACAUCGAUCUUUUUAAAACUUGUGUGGAUACGUCAUAUAUUAGGAUCGAUUCCUUCUGGCUCAGCUUACACUCUUUGGAUCCUUGAUAUCGAAGUAUUUGGUACAAAAAUCACCCAGCUAUUGAUAUUAAUCUUUAUCAAUCACAUUUUCUUCGUAUUGCGCCGUUUUGUUGUUCAAUAG